UUGCAACAAACGUUAAUUUAAAGGCGUGAAGGUAAACGCGACAGAAUGGUGGCUAAAUGACAUGUACAUGUCCGUCCCACUGGCCCUGCCAAUUAACAGCAAUCCCGGCUUGGCUGCGAAACCGAAAAGAUUUGCGAACCAGCAGGAAGCCGCAGUAUUCCUCGCGCGAUUUCUCACCGAGCUGCUUAAUUAUCAGGAAUUGCUGGACAGAUCCGGAUUGGAGGUUGAACGUGUGAAAUCCAAGGAUAGCAAGACCAUGCAACCGCUCUGCAUGGCGCAGCAUUACCAAAUAUUCCGGAUUUAUCGACGACCCGGUGUAAACAACGACGAGCAAAUUAUCCUGGAUAGAGCAUCCUCCGGCGACCACAUUAUCGUCGCGCAUCAUAAUCAGUUUUACAGCGUGCCGGUGAGGGCAUCGGAUCGAGGUCGAAUCACGGAAAUAGAAUUGGUCCAACAGUUAUUAAGGAUCAUGGAAACCAAAGCUGAUCCUAGAACUCCGCCAGUCGGAAUUCUCACGACCACAAAACGACCAGCCUGGGCGAAGGCGCGGGAGGAGCUGAUAAAAAAUGAGCGCAAUCGUCACAAUCUGGAGCUGUUGGAGCGUUGUCUCUGCGUCGUUUGCAUCGACGACGACGUGCUGCCUACUACAUUUAACAAUCCUAUGAAGAAGGAGGACCGAUGGAUUGGCGAUCGAGAUUACGCGAACGUGCUUCAUCACGCUCUCCACGGCGGAGGGUCCCGGCACUUGGGCGCGAAUCGCUGGUUCGACAAAACUUUCCACGCUAUCCUUGGCAAAGACGGAAUGUGGGGAUUGACGUAUGAACAUUCCGCUGGCGAAGCACCGGCCGUUUUCAAUGCAUUCGAGGAUAUAACGGAGAAAGUGGAUUCUAUGUCGCCGCCGGAUGAAAAUUUGGUACCCUCGCAUCUGCCGGCACCCGAAAAGCUAGAGUGGUGCCUCACCGAGCAAAGUCUGAACGACAUCCGAGAAGCCAUGAUGAACUUUGACGCUCUGGUCGAAGAUUUGGACCUCUGUAUUCUGUGGUUCGAGGAUUACUCGAAGGAGUUCAUAAAGUCCUGCAGAGUCAGCCCGGACGCGUAUAUACAAUUAGCACUCCAACUUACAUAUUUCAGACUUCACGGGAGGCUGGUGGCUACUUACGAAAGCGCCGGCAUCCGGAGGUUCGCAUUGGGUCGCGUGGACUGCAUCCGAGCCGCCAGUCCAGAAGCGCUGGCGUGGGCGAAAGCUAUGUGCCAGGGCGAUCCUCACGGCCAGAUGAAUCAGCCGAACAACGCCAUGGACGGGAGCCCCAAAAGAGUUCAGUUCACCAUUUACAGUGCGGAAAGGAUCAAGGAGCUGUUCGAUCUGGCGGUGCAGAGACAGACGAAAGAGAUGAACGACAACAUAUAUGGUCAGGGUAUCGAUAAUCAUCUGAUGGGGCUGCGUUACGCGGCGAAGGAGGUCGGUGAGCCGAUUCCAGAGAUCUUCACGGACGAGGCUUACGCAAUCGUUAAUCACUUCGCCCUCUCGACGUCACAGGUUACCACGAAAAACGACGUGAUCGUCGGAUACGGGCCGGUGGUGCCAGACGGCUAUGGGUGCGCCUACAACGUGAGGAAGAACGGCUUCAUCUUCUCGGUCUCGGCCUUCCACAGCGACGGUAGGACCAGCGCGAUGCAAUUCGCGCAAACCUUGGAGCAGAGUCUGCGGGACAUGGCGGCUAUGAUAAAGAAUUCAAAGAAGUGA